GGGUACACGGAGCAGACAGAGCAGCCCACUGCAGCUGGACCGACACCCGCCCGGGACCAGAACAACACCGGCCUACAGACUACCACACUGUUAUCACCGUAAACCUGAGAGUUCAGGUUCCUAAUCCGCCAUGAGAGACUACUCAGCGACUCCGAGCUACGGGGGCGCCUGCAUGCCGUGCUGCCAAGUUUGCAUCUUCGCCUUUACCGCAUUCCUCAUCGUUGCAGAGAGGACGGCGCUGAUCUAUUGCUUUGUGUACUAUCUGUGGGUGGGUCACAACUACUGCUAUGCCCAUCUUGCUGGCUUCACUGCACUGCUCCUGCUGCCAGGUUGGGGACCUCAGUGGCUCAGUUAUCUGUGGUACCUGUCAGAUGGACGCAUCCGCAGGAAGUCUCUCACCUGGACACACAUACUGCACCUGGGUAUCUUCAAAAGACUGUGGGAGUGCAUGCGUCUGCAAGACGAGGAUGUGUAUGGUGAGAUCAUGCAACAGGCUGAUGCAUCUGCUUUACGCCUGUUUGAGGCCUUGGUGGUCACGCUCCCUCAGACGCUGCUGCAGACCUAUGUGCUCAUCUGCACUGACAUAGGAAUCAAAUCUCCAGCCUCGGUAUGUUUUGUGGUGUGUUUGUUAUCUCUGGCCUGGGCCUUGGUCCUCUACGCCAGAGCCUGUUCACUCAUCAGACCAGGACACCUACAAAUGACCCCCGCUGCCAUUCUCUGUCGACUUCUGUGGAGGGUCAGUAUGUUGGGAUCUCGAUUUGCCAUUCUCAUGCUCUUCACACGUAUCUUCAAACAAUGGAUCCUGGGAGUCAUUGGUGUGCACUGGCUGGGUGCAACUUUCUGGAUGGUGUCUCAGCAGACCGACAUCAUACGUUCAACUAGUCGAUGGAGACUCUUCAACCUUGUUCUGGGAGCUAUUCACAUCUUCCUUUUCCUCAAUGUGAAGUUUGGUCAAUCCAGAUACCGCAUGGCUGGGUUCUACCUGGUCAUAUUCUUAGAGAACACUUUUCUUCUUCUGGCCUCUUCAUGGUUGUUUAGCAUGGUGUCCUGGGAUACUGUAGGAAUCCCAGCUGCAGUUUUCUGUAGCUUCCUAACUGGAGUGAUAGCGUUGGUGCUGUACUAUCGUUUCCUCCACCCUAAGUCCUUUGAGAUUUUCCAGAGUAUUCGCCACAGGGGGAUAGGUGGAGCCUGCACGGAACGUGGAUCUACACUGUCAUUGGAGGAGAAAGUCACACCCACUUUCCAUCGCCAUGCAACACUGUCCGGAGGUGGGACCCUAAUGGAUCUCCCUAUCCAGUGGGAGGGCUGGAAACAUCACCACUGGCUGCUGAUUCGCUUGGCCAUGAAGACGGGCGAUGUCACUAGGAUCUGGUCGUCGUAUGGCGAGGGGGGGCUGGCCGGACUGAUGGGUCUGUCUGAAGAAGUUCACUCCCCUGAUGAACCUCAUGUCCGUCGGGUUCCACUUGUUCAGCCUCAGAUUUCUCAACCAGCUCCACCACAGGUGACCCAGGCUCCACAGGUGAGAGAGGCGGUCCAGCCACCAAAGCCAGCUCACUCCAGUGUAAUAGCCCGACCAGUGAGAAAAGCUCCACCCACAACAAUCCAGGAUAUGAAAAGGUUUCCAGAGAUCAUCCCGGUCCAAGAGGUCAUUUUUGAAGAGACUGCAGAAGAAGAGUCCAGUGCUCCACCAUCAGAAAAAGGUGAUGAGGAGUUUCAGAGUGCUGCUUACGGCUCACCAACACCUUCAUCUCCGUGGCAACCAGGCAGCCUUGGCCACAUCGACAGCAACGCCGCGUCCCUGACCGAAGCCUCGUCCUCCGUAGGUUCCCUGGACAUCAAGACUCCCGGUUGGUCACCUGAGCGACGCUCCCCUCUCCUGAUUAGUUCCCCGGAGAAAAAACCAUCGCUCCCCGGAGAGUCCAGCACCACACUGUACUUCAGCGCGGAUGCACAGUCUCCCUCCAGUGGGAGCUAUCUUGGCUGGGGCUCCGAGUUGUCGCCCAUCUCUACCUACAGAAGUCCCUACCGUAUCAGGGAGGCUCGUUUUAUCACAUCCACACCGCGCCUGGAACCUCGAGCUAAAAGUCCGUCCCCUGUUAUUGUCAUCCCUGCUACUCCUGGUACAACACCAGGCCCCACCCCAGGUGGAACCCCUGGUGCGUCGACCCCUACUGCAUCAACACCUGGAGCUUCAACACCUGUUGCAUCAACACCUGGAGCUUCAACACCUGUUGCUUCGAUUCCUGGAGCUUCAACUCCUGGUGCUUCAACUCCUGGAGCUUCAACUCCUGGUUCUUCAACUCCUGGUGCUUCAACUCCUGGUGCUUCAACUCCUGGUGCUACCACGUCCUCUACUGCAAUCAUUCCACUCACUCCAGUCAUCUCCCACCACGCUCGCAAACAGAUGGUCCAGUUUGUGGGCAGUAGAGAGAGAAUGGUGUAAGUAGGGGGGGGGGUAAAGGGGAAAAACAACUGGGUGGGCAGUGAUGGAUUUUUUAGUUUAGCAGUUAAGGAUAUACAAAUUCAUGCAUUAACUAACUUGGGGAGUUAAGAGUCCUUUUUAGCUCAGUUCAUUUGAAUCAGUCAUGGAAGGAUAUACAAAAAUUAUUAUUUAUUCGUUUCCCCUGACAUGCAGAUACAACUGUUUGCAGAACAUUAGGAUGCAUAGAUAGCACACUUGCCAACCGCGGGGACAUUGGCUCAAUUCUUACAGUAACAGUGGCUCCUCUGGCCAUGCCGUAUGUUCCAAUUAACACAUUAAGCAGUGUUUAUGGGAGGGAAGUCAGUGAUGGACCAGGCCCUUGUUGCUGCACUAGCAACUCCUGGUUGGUUGGAGUGCCUGCAGGGAGGAGGGUGGGAUAGUAUGAACCUCAUC